UGCAGCUCGGCCCGCUCCCGCUUGCGGCGCAGCCGUCGCUGUCGUCCGUCUCCUCCGCCCCCUGCAAGCGCGCGGCGCCGCCGAGCCAGCCGAGCAGACCGCGCCAUGGGGACGGGGCUCCGGCCCGCGCUGCUGCUGCCGCCGCUGUUGCUGCUGCUUCUUCGGAUCCCGCCGAGCUGCGGCUUCCCAGGAUCUGGAGACCCACCGCUAGAAGACGAAGAAGUCGGGUAUUCACACACUAGAUAUAAAGACACCCCAUGGUGUUCCCCCAUCAAGGUGAAGUACGGAGAUGUGUACUGCAGGGCCCCUCAAGGAGGAUACUACAAAACAGCCCUGGGAACCAGGUGUGAUAUUCGCUGCCGGAAAGGCUAUGAGCUGCACGGCUCUUCCCAGCUGGUCUGCCAGUCAAACAAGCGCUGGUCCGACAAGGUCAUCUGCAAGCAAAAGCGAUGUCCUACCCUUGCCAUGCCAGCAAAUGGAGGGUUCAAGUGCGUAGACGGUGCCUACUUUAACUCCCGGUGUGAGUACUAUUGCUCGCUGGGAUACACACUGAAAGGGGAGCGGACAGUCACAUGUAUGGACAACAAGGCCUGGAGUGGCCGACCAGCCUCCUGUAUUGAUAUGGAACCUCCUCGAAUCAAGUGCCCGAGUGUGAAGGAACGCAUUGCUGAACCCAAUAAGCUGACGGUUCGGGUGUCCUGGGAGACCCCAGAGGGAAGAGACACAGCAGACGGCAUUCUGACUGAUGUUAUUCUACAAGGCCUCCCCCCAGGCUCGAAUUUUCCAGAAGGAGACCACAAGAUCCAAUACACAGUCUUUGACAGAGCCGAGAACAAGGGCAUUUGCAAAUUUCGAGUUAAAGUAAGAGUCAGACGCUGUGGCAAACUCAAUGCCCCGGAAAAUGGUUACAUGAAGUGCUCCAGUGACGGCGAUAAUUACGGAGCCACCUGCGAGUUCUCCUGCAUCGGUGGCUACGAGCUACAAGGUAGCCCUGCCCGAGUGUGUCAGUCCAACUUGGCUUGGUCCGGCGCAGAGCCCACCUGUGCAGCCAUGAAUGUCAAUGUGGGCGUCAGAACAGCAGCUGCACUUCUGGAUCAGUUCUAUGAGAAAAGGCGACUCCUCAUCGUGUCCACACCCACAGCCCGGAACCUCCUGUACCGGCUGCAGCUGGGCGUGCUGCAGCAAGCGCUGUGUGGCCUGGAUCUCCGGCAUAUCACUGUGGUGGAGCUGGUGGGCGUGUUCCCGACUCUCAUCGGCAGGAUAGGAGCGAAGAUCAUGCCUCCAGCCUUAGCUCUGCAGCUCAGGUUGCUGCUGCGCAUCCCGCUCUACUCCUUCAGUAUGGUGCUGGUGGACAAGCAUGGCAUGGACAAGGAGCGCUAUGUCUCCCUGGUGAUGCCCGUGGCCCUGUUCAAUCUGAUUGACACUUUCCCCCUGAGGAAAGAAGAGAUGGUCCUGCAAGCUGAAAUGGGCCAGACCUGUAGCACCUGAGGUCUCAGCAAGUCCUCUUCUCUUUCUACAUGGUGCCUUAAAAAUAUCCUUGAUGUACAGAUUUUUAUUUGUAAUUUUUUAAAGUCUAUUUUAUUAUGAGCUUUCUUUGCACUUCAAAACUAGCACACUGCUUUUUGUACCUCUGACAGUUACUCUUUCUCUUUACCCCAACAUGGCUGGUUGAUGUCAGAGAAAUUUGUGCUAUUCCAUGUGCCACAUAACUUUUUUUUAUAUAAAACUUUAUUAAUAAAAUGUUUGGAGCAAAAUUACUAAAA